AUGGGAGAUCAAAAUCAGCUUCUUAAGGAUUUCGCAGCCCCAAAUUCUCAAGGCACACAGUCAAGCAUUACAAGGCCCAAUGUUGAAGCUAAUAACUUUGAGCUGAAACCAUCACUGCUCUCAAUGGUUCAAUUAUUUCCGUUCUCUCUAAGGGACAAGGCUAGGGCUUGGUUGCACUCAUUGCCAGCUGGGUCCAUCACCACUUGGGAUCAAUUGUCCAGAGCGUUUCUUGCAAAGUAUUUUCCUCCAAGUAAAACAGCACAGAUGAGGAACCAGAUCACAAGCUUUGUACAGAAGGAAGGAGAGUCACUCUAUGAAGCUUGGGAACGCUACAAGGAAUUAUUGAGGAUGUGCCCUCACCAUGGACUGGAGAAGUGGUUAAUUGUUCACACCUUCUACAACGGGCUCACUUACAACACUCGGAUGACUGUUGAUGCUGCUGCAGGAGGAGCUUUGAUGAACAAAACAAUAGACGAGGCAUACACUCUCAUUGAAGACAUGGCUCAGAAUCACUAUCAAUGGGCGAACGAGCGUGCUCCUCAGACAUCAAAAGGAGGCAAGUAUGAAAUAGAUGCUUUAGACCAUAUAUCCUCUAAAGUUGAUGCUUUAUUUAAGAAAGUUGAAGGUUUGAGUAUUAAUUCUGUGGCGUCUACUUCAAUUUCAUGUGAGAUAUGUGGCUAUGUGGGUCAUUCUGCACUUCAAUGUCAAUUAGGAAACCCCCCAUCCAUUGAUACUUCUGGUAAUGAGCAAGUUAACUAUGUUAAUAACUUUAAUCAGAAGGGAGACCCAUUCUCCAAUACUUAUAAUCCGGGGUGGAGGAAUCAUCCUAAUUUUUCUUAUAGAAACCCACCUGGAAAUCCCAUGCCUGCAUCUAAUUUUGGUCCACCUGGUUUUCGUGCUCCUCAAUCCAAUUUCCCUUCUCAAAAGUCAAAUUUGGAAAAUAUGAUGGAGAAGUUUGUGACGACUCAAUCAAAAUUGAAUGAAGAGUUUAAGCAGCAACAACAAACCACGAAUGAGGUGGUGAAACAAUUGGCCUCUAAGAUGGAUUCCCUAGCUACGCAUAACAAGAUGUUAGAGACACAAAUCACCCAAUUGGCACAAAAUGUUAGCUCUUCCUCUAGGCCUUCAGGCAUGCUACCUGGACAACCCGAGACAAAUCCCAGGAGUCAUGUGAAUGCUAUAACUCUUAGAAGUGGAAAACAAUAUGAGGGACCCAAGAUGAAGGAAAAUGAUGGGGUGGAUGGUCAUCAUGAAGAAAAAAAUGAAAAUGUGAUAGAUGUGGAUAAUGAGACUCAAACACAAGAAGAAGAAAAAGUUGAAAAAUAUGUGGCCCCCGCUCCUUACAAGCCUCCUCUACCAUUUCCCCAAAGGUUAGCUAAGGCUAAGUUAGAAAAGCAGUUCGGAAAAUUCUUGGAGAUUUUAAAAAAAUUGCACAUCAAUAUCCCGUUCACUGAAGCUAUCUCUCAAAUGCCUUCAUAUGCUAAGUUCUUGAAAGAGAUCCUAUCCAAUAAAAGGAAGUUGGAAGAAUACGAGACUGUGGCCCUUACUGAGGAGUAUGAUCAUAAACCCUCUAUAGAACACCAACGUAGAUUAAAUCCUAACAUGAAAGAAGUGGUUAAAAAGGAAGUGCUUAAGCUACUAGAUUCUGGGGUAAUCUAUCCUAUUUCUGAUAGUGAAUGGGUUAGCCCGGUUCAUGUGGUUCCUAAAAAGGGAGGUGUGACCGUAGUUAAGAAUGCAAAUAACGAACUUAUCCCUACUAGGACGGUUACGGGUUGGAGGAUGUGUAUUGAUUAUAGGAAAUUGAACAAGGCAACCCGAAAAGAUCAUUUUCCACUUCCCUUUAUAGACCAGAUGUUGGAAAGGUUGGCUAGGCAUUCAUAUUUUUGUUAUUUAGAUGGCUAUUCGGGAUUUUUCCAAAUUCCUAUCCAUCCUAGUGACCAGGAAAAGACCACUUUUACCUGUCCCUAUGGGACCUUUGCUUAUAGGCGCAUGCCUUUUGGUCUUUGCAAUGCCCCCGCCACUUUUCAACGAUGUAUGAUGGCCAUUUUCUCUGAUUUUAUAGAGGAUAUUAUGGACGUGUUUAUGGAUGACUUCUCCGUGUAUGGAACUACUUUUGAUGGUUGUUUAUCUAACUUGUCUCGAGUUUUGCAGCGUUGCGAAGAAGUUAAUUUAGUCCUAAACUGGGAGAAAUGCCACUUUAUGGUAAGGGAUGGAAUAGUUUUAGGGCACAAGGUGUCUGAGCGUGGAAUUGAGGUUGAUCGAUCAAAAGUGGAAGUCAUUGAAAAAUUGCCUCCACCAACGUCGGUUAGGGGAGUAAGAAGUUUCUUGGGACAUGCCGGUUUCUAUCGGCGUUUCAUCAAAGAUUUCUCAAAAAUUUCAAAACCCUUAACUAACCUUCUUCUUAAAGAUGCUACCUUUGAUUUCACUGAUGAAUGUCUUGAUGCUUUUUGCAGGUUGAAAGAAGCAUUGAUAACAGCUCCUAUUAUGCAACCGCCGGACUGGAAUCUCCCAUUUGAAGUCAUGACUGAUGCAAGUGAUUAUGCGGUUGGUGCUGUGUUGGGCCAAAGGAAGAACAAGAUAGUUCAUGCAAUUUAUUAUGCUAGUCGCACUCUUGAUGAAGCCCAAGUUAACUACGCUACCACUGAAAAGGAGCUAUUAGCAGUUGUAUUCGCCUUUGACAAGUUCAGGUCUUACUUAGUGGGGUCCAAAGUCAUCGUUUAUACCGACCACUCCGCCAUCAAAUAUCUUUUGAGCAAGCAAGAUGCCAAGCCUAGGUUGAUCCGAUGGAUACUACUUUUGCAAGAAUUUGACCUAGAGAUCAAGGACAAGAAAGGGACGGAAAAUUUGGUGGCAGACCAUUUGUCGAGGAUGAAGCAAGAAUCACAUGAUAAGGAGGAGGAUGAACUACCGAUCGAUGACUCUUUCCCAGAUGAUCAGUUGUUAGCCAUUGAAAGAUUGGAUGCACCAUGGUAUGCGGACUUCGUCAAUUACAUAGUGUGUGGAGUCUUGCCUCCGGAUCUGAGCUAUCAACAGAAGAAGAAGUUCUUUGCUGACUUGAAGUAUUAUUUUUGGGAUGAACCGUUUCUAUACAAACGGUGUGUUGAUGGGAUGUUCAGAAGGUGUAUUCCUGAAGAUGAAACUAGUGGUCAAGUGGAAGUUUCGAAUCGUGAAAUUAAGAGUAUUUUGGAGAAAACAGUUAAUCGUUCAAGAAAGGAUUGGUCUAUGAAACUCACAGAUGCCUUAUGGGCCUAUCGAACUGCAUACAAAACGCCCAUAGGUAUGACACCAUUCAAAUUGGUAUAUGGCAAAUCGUGUCACCUCCAAGUUGAGUUAGAGCACAAGGCAUAUUGGGCUAUCAAACUCCUAAAUUUUGAUAUGAAGACCGCAGGUGAGAAAAGAAAGCUUCAACUUCAUGAGCUAGAUGAGCUACGAUUAGAUUCCUAUGAGAAUGCUCGCAUUUAUAAAGAAAAGACUAAACGAUGGCACGAUAAGAAUAUCCUUCGAAGAGAGUUUAAUCAAGGAGAUAUGGUGCUACUUUUCAACUAUCGUUUGAAGCUUUUUCCGGGAAAGCUCAAAUCUCAGUGGUCCAGACCUUUUCAAGUCCGUGAGGUUUUUCCUAGUGGAGUUGUUGAAGUGCCUCAACAAUCACGAAUGAUUGAUGAGGGGGUGAUCCCUACUCUAUUUGGCUUCCACUCCUCCUAUUUUCUUUAUUGUCUAUUUGCUUGA